AUGCCAUCUCCCCCAUCACAUCCUCAUAAGCUCCAGCGUAGAUACUUCCCCAACACUGUCCCCAACUGCACCAGCACUCACAGCCAGACCCACCUUGAUACUCCUCAUAAUACCGCUCCUAAUACCGUUCCCAAUACCGUUCCCAACACUGCUCCCAACACUGCUCCCAAUACUGUUCCAAUAGCAAUUCUCAUGAUGUCAACUACCAGGGCCUCAAACCGCCGCGUUAUCUCCCGCCCGCGCAUCCAGCCGCCUAACACCUUCUUCAGCGACUAUCCCAUUCCCACCCCACGGUACUUCACGGAGUCGCCUCCUGCAAGCCCAAGUCCGCCCAUCAUGGGAGCUCACCCGCCUAUUCUGGCAACUCCCCUACCCACUCCGCAGCCUACUCCACAACCCUCGCAGAGUACCAAAGCCCAGCAUGAACCCGACGUUGAGCCUCCCUUCUCGCCCAUCCUGCCCUUGCACCGCAGUGAUAGCCACGGCGAGGACGAGAGGGAGAAGGAGAGGGAGAAGGGAGUUAAGCCAGAGGUUGACGAAUUCGACGAGGACGAGAGCGAGUGGCAAGACGCGCAAAUACGGGAGUCGCAGCUGAGCGAUAGAGAAGAUAAGGUGAUCGAUGUGGAGGAGGAGGAUGGAAACGACGAGUGGGUCGACGAUGAUGAUUGGCAUAGUGCUGAGACUCAGGAUGAGUGGGUUGAGAUGGAGAGGAUACCGUUAUCAGAGAGUAGGGAUAUUUAG